AAAAAAAAACCUGGGUACUCUGUGUUUGAAAUCAACAUUGCAGAUUGUGUGAAAAUUCGCUUACUUCAUAUUCAUCGACAAAAACAUUUAAAACAAAAUGGAGCGAAUGGAUGUCGAUUCAGAAACGAAUUUAAAUACUUCACCGUCAUGCAGCCAUCAUCCAAAUUGCAGAUCAGCUGUGUCGUAUGCGAACAUAAUGGCUGGGCCAGGAACUAUACCAUCAGUCACCGUCUCUCUCCACCCAUUGGUAAUAUUGAAUAUUUCCGAACAUUGGACUCGAAUCCGUGCACAGGCGUCGGAGAUCUGCCAGGUGUUCGGUGCAUUGAUUGGAAAACAAACAGGUCGUAAUAUAGAGGUGAUGAAUUCUUUUGAAUUGAGGGUGGAUAGAGCAGGAGAAGAUGUUAUCAUCAAUCGAGAAUAUUACCAAACAAAGGAGGCACAAUUCAAACAGGUGUUUAGCGAUUUAGAUUUUAUUGGCUGGUAUACAACUGAUGAAUCUCCCACUCCUCUCGACAUUGAAAUUCAAAAACAAAUGUCUGAAAUUAAUGAGUGCCCCAUUUUGCUGCAAUUAAACCCGUUAUCGCGUAGUGUUGACCAGCUUCCUUUAAAGCUUUAUGAAUCCACCAUCGAAUUGGUGGAUGGGGAGCCAACGAUGUUGUUUGUUCCUCUAACCUACACAUUAGCGACUGAAGAAGCAGAGCGUAUUGGAGUCGACCAUGUUGCGCGUAUGUCAACAAACGAAACAGGAGAAAAAUCAGUAGUUGCUGAACAUUUAGUGGCGCAAGAUAGUGCUAUAAAAAUGUUAAACAAGCGUAUUCAAAUAGUUUUAAAAUAUAUCAAAGACGUUGAAAGUGGAAAACUGCCACCAAAUCAGGAAAUAUUGCGAGACGCAUACGCACUAAGCCAUCGUUUACCUGUGAUGAAAGGUCCUGCUUUCCAAGAAGAGCUGUACACUCAAUGCAACGACGUUGCCCUUAUUAGUUAUUUAGGAGCAAUGACCAAAGGUUGUAACGACAUGAAUCAUUUCGUCAACAAAUUUAACGUACUUUAUGACCGUCAAGGAUCUGGACGGCGCGCUCGCGGCUUAUAUUUCUAAAUUAUAAUUUUUCCAACAGAAAAUAAAUGAACGGCUUAUAAAAAAA